AUGGUGUUUAUCAAAAAAAAUCCUCACAAUGAGAAGAAAGCUGGCAUAAAGAGCAUACCCAGCACGCCGGAUCAUGAGUGGACGGACGAUGGUAUGGUAGAACUUUUGAUUGACGUUGAGUCUCCUCCGUGCGUUCUAUAUGGGGCCCUCACAGAGUCCACAGGAGCUCUUUUAAGUGGUCUUCUCAAGCUCCGAGUGAGACACCCACAAGAUGUGAUAUCUUUCAGCGAACCUGUUUCGCCAGUAAGUUCUCAUGGGCGCAUGAAAAAGAGCAGCUCGAGUUUAAAUGCUUUGUCCCAGACUUUUUCCAACUUAUCGAUGAAAAAUUCGUCAAUGAGCCUCGUGGAUUUGCCUCGAGCAACCAAAAACCCUUCUCUCCAGUAUUCAAAAGUCCGAGUGCAAUCUGUCUGUCUUUCACUUGUCCAGAAAGUUCGUUAUACCAAGCCAUUCGUCGCGGAUUCCUCAGCCAUCCAUUCGUGCAAAGAUUGUUGCAGCAAGGUUACCGAGCUUGCAAGAUGGGACGUCGUGGUUAAAGAAACAGACAUACCGCUUGGCGAUCACGUCUAUCCCUUUUCCCACUUGAUUCCCGGGUCAGUUCCUGCUACGGUAGCCAUAGGAAUGGAGUCGAAAACGGAGGUGAACUAUGAGCUGGUGGCUGUAGCAUCGUAUAAGCCGAUUCCCACAGAGCAGAAUAAAGGUGGACGCACACGAAAGGUACUUUUAACGUUACCGGUGCCUGUUACUCGAAGCAUUUUACGUGGGCCGGACAGAAAUUCGCUAAGAAUCUUUCCACCCACAGAUUUGGUUGCCACUGCUGUGCUACCAAAUAUCAUUUACCCCAAGUCCACUUUUCCUCUGGAACUCAAAAUUGAUGGUAUUUCCUCCGAGGACCGACGCUGGAGAAUGCGAAGGCUAAACUGGAAGAUUGAAGAGAAAGCGCGUGUACGGCUCCAGGCCUGCGAUGUCCACAAGUCUAAACUAAAUCAGCUUGAGAAAGAAGUAGCAGAAUCAGAAGCUCGCAAAAAAACCAGUAAAGCUAAGCCAGUCAAAAGAAGCCACGACGCCGCCCCACAGAUCACCACUUCGGUAUGCACUCUUGAGGAAGCCCUCUCGAAUACCAAUGCUCCUGAAGACCCGAAUGCUGUGGCUGAACCAAGUGCUCCAGAGGAAGAAAGCGCUCCGGAAGAAAAUAACCUGAUCCAUCCUAGUGAUCAUGCGCUGCGUCAAGAACGGGUGGCAGAGCAGCAGCGUUUAAGGGAUGAAAUGCUGCGACAAGAACUACCUCACGGGACGGCCCUCUUCACGGAAGCAAUAAGAACCAUUGCUCAUGGCGAGGUAAAGAACGGAUGGAAAAGCGAUUUCAGUGGCAAGGGUAAAGUCGAAAUGGUCACAGAAAUCAAUUGUAUGGGUCUGAAUUCUGGUGUCUCUAAUCCCAUCAACCGAGUGUCAAGUAUGCAUCCAGUGCCUGACAUGGGCACGCAACCCAUAACUGUUGCUUGUGACGUUGAAGAUCCACACUUGGGCAUAUACGUGCAGCACUUACUGGUACUAGAGGUCAUUGUUGCUGAGGAAAUGCUUCAAUAUGCCAAUGGCCAGCCUCUUCAUCCGGGACAUACCCCCAAGUCCAGCGGUAUAACGCCUGCGAGCUCCGAUCAAAGAUUGGCUGAAGUCUCUCCAAUGUUAGCUGCCCGAAACCCCGCUUCGGCACAGGUAGCUGCUGAUCAUGUAAGCGCUACAGUCCCAAACUCUGAUGCAGCCCAGAAUGUUUCCAAACCUGCCGCAAAUCAUCGCGUUGUCGGUGUCCCAACAGGCGCUGCUCGUGUAUUGAGAAUGCAAUUUCGGCAAGUAAUCACUGAGAGGUCAGGGCUUGGAAUAGCGUGGGAUGAUGAAGUCCCCCCUACGUACCAAGAUGUGAGGUUGUUAUCUCCUCCAAGUUACGCAAGAGCAACUAUUCAUUCAGCAACACCGUCAAGAAAAGACGCGAUAGACCACGACGUACUUUCAAGGCAACACCAUGUUUCAAGAAAUGAAGCACAUAUGCCGCUACCGCCUCCGCUGGCCCACUCGCACGAGGGAAGUAGCUUGCAAUUGGCGCCUGUACAAUCGCCUCAGUUAGAGAAUAUUAUAAGCAUUCAGGGAAAUGCUGGCCCAGCUCAUGUUCUGACGCCUGUGAACACACAAGAAGUUCAUUUGCAUAGCUUAUCAGAGCUUUUGGACACUGAUAGAAUAACCCAAUAA